AUGUCGUCUGCGCAAUAUCAUCAGAGUGCCCUUGGCUCGCUCAAGAACCCCAGAUUGUUCAUCUCAGAAGCUCUCAUCAACGGACGAUGGGUAAAGAAGGAUUCGACUUUUGAUGUGAUCGAACCAUCCACAGCAACUGUGCUUGGCAAGGUUUCGAACUGUGGGUUGGAGGACUUCCAAGAGGCCAUUGCCAGCGCAGAAACAGCUGGGGAGGAGUUCUACCGCAGCACGACAGCCCACCAGAAGAGCGCGCUGCUGAGAAAGUGGUACGAACUGAUCACUGCCAAUGAGGAAGAUAUCGGGACAAUUCUCUCUCUUGAGAACGGAAAGACCCUCUCCGAAGCGGUUGGCGAAGUGCGCUAUGCAGCCUCGUUCGUGAAUUGGUUUGCUGAAGAAGCGCCUCGAGCCUAUGGCGACACGAUCCCCUCAGCGAGCCCGCAUACCAACGUGUUGACCUUCAGAGAGCCGGUAGGCGUCUGCGGCAUCAUUACACCAUGGAACUUCCCUGCAGCCAUGAUCACGCGCAAAAUUGCGCCCGCCUUCGCUGCAGGCUGCUCUGUCGUUGUAAAGCCCCCAAGUGAGACACCAUACACUUGUGCUGCUCUUGCGAAACUAGCCAUUGACGCUGGGCUGCCGCCAAAGAUCUUCCAAGUACUUCCAACAAAGGAUUGCUCUGCCGCGACUGAGCUUUGUACGAAUCCCAUUGUGAAGAAGAUCUCGUUCACCGGAUCAACAGGCGUGGGAAAGAUGCUGGCAAUGGGCACGAUGAAACGCGUCAGUUUAGAGUUGGGAGGUAAUGCACCGUUCAUUGUCUUCGAAGAUGCAGAUCUCGAUCUUGCUGUCGAAGGCGCCAUGUUCUGCAAGUUCCGCUGCACAGGACAGACAUGCGUUUGUGCGAACCGAAUUCUCGUUCAUCAAAGCAUCGCCAAAGAAUUUGGCGAGAAGCUAGUUAGCAAAGUGGCCGCCCUACAAGUCGGCCCUGGACUCGACCCAAAGACGACCCAAGGCCCCGUGGUCAACCAAUCCAGCGUUGACAAAGUGACUUCACAUAUCUCUGACGCAGUCUCCAAAGGCGCAGAAAUCCUCAUUGGCGGCGCUCCCGUUGCGCCUGGAUUUUUCUUCCAACCAACCGUUCUAUCUGGAGUGCCCCGCGAUGCUCUCGUAGCGACUGACGAAACCUUCGGCCCUCUUGCCCCCAUCUUUACUUUUAGCGACGAAGAAGAUGCGCUGAAGCUCGCCAAUGCCACCGAUCUCGGCCUGGCUGGUUACUUCUUCUCGAGGGAUGUCAGCCGCGUUAUGAGAGUGGCGGCGAGGUUGAAGGUCGGUAUGGUUGGUGUCAACACGGGCAAGAUCUCGGCAGCUGAGGCGCCAUUCGGAGGCGUGGGUAAUAGUGGCUUUGGUCGCGAGGGCAGCAAGUAUGGGCUUGCGGAGUACCAGAACAUUAAGGCUGUGACGAUCGGAAAUUUUGGGCUAUAG